AUUUCUUAUGAUUCAUUAUGUCCUAUUAGUUCUUUUUUAUUUGUGUGUUUUUUCUGUACUAUUACUCGUGUAGAAUGAAUCUAACUUGGUAGGUCUUGUAUGAUUUGAUUUGACGUGUUGCAUGUGAGUUUUAUGGUGUCUGGUUUCGGAGAAAUUGUUAGAUAGUUCUAAACCACCACUUAUCUAUGGUUCUGGUCAAUCUUUAUGUUCGGACUAUGAUGGUCCCGAACCACCUAUAAUUUCUCCAGGGAUGUUGGUUUUUUGCUUAUCCGUGAUGGUUGUGUUUGUAGGCAUAAACUAGAAAUGAAGCUUGUGUUUUUCUGGUGGGCAUGACAUGAGAUGGAGGAUGAUGAUGAAGAGGAUCAUAUCUAAGUGAUCUUUCUCUGUCUUCAUGAUGGAAAGAAUAGUUAGAAGGUUUUUCAAUGUGGUAACAAGAGAAGAGAAGGGUAUGAAGCCUUUGCUCCAGAAAUGUGGUUUGGCUUUGGCUCUUACCUUUGCUGGAUUUCUCUACUCUCACAUCAGAACCAACGCUACUUCUUCCAGAGAGCAGCACCCUUCAGGUCAUGGAAAGGAUGAUAAUUUUGGAAGAGGUAAAAGGGUUGCAUCUAGUUCUUGCAGCACUGUUUCAGAAGAAAAUGUUUUGGAUAAUGAAGAAACAUGCAUUGGCAAGGUGAUUAGAAAAAAUUCCCCAUCGGGUCCCUCUCCAAGAACUAGACAAAGCGGAGAGAAAGAUGAGUUCCUCCUUCUUGAAUUUAAUGAUCUUACCAAGGAAGCAGACUUUGGAGCCAACAUUUCAGGUAGUUCUUUUAAGGAGUUAGAUUAUCCAAAGAAAAAGAAAGAGGUUGAAACGCCAAGGUCAAAAUUAGGAUCUCCUAUGGCAUAUGCAAAUCUUGACAAAGAUGAUUGUGAGAUAGAAAUCAGGAAACUCAGGAGCAUGAUCAUAAUGCUUCAAGAGAGGGAAACAAAUCUUGAGGUUCAACUGCUUGAGUACUGUGGCAUUAAAGAGCAAGAAGCAGCUGUGAUGGAGCUCCAAAAUAGAUUGAAGAUAAGUAAUAUGGAGACAAAGAUGUUCAAUCUGAAGGUUGAGACCCUGCAGUCUGAGAAUCGGAGAUUAGAGGCGCAAGUUGUUGAUCAUGCAAAACUGAUGACUGAGCUUGAGACUACAAAAACAAAAGUUAAGUUUUUGAAGAAGAAACUUAAGUAUGAAGCUGAACAAAAUAGGGAGCAUAUCAUGAAUCUUAAACAAAAAGUAGCUAAGUUGCAAGAUAACGAAUACAAUGCUUCUGCUAACGACCAAGAGAUUCAGAUAAAGCUGAAAAGGCUAAAGGAUCUUGAGUGUGAGGCAGAACAGUUGAGGAAAUCUAAUUUGAGACUGCAGUUGGACAAUUCUGACUUAGUUCGAAGAUUGGAUUCUACUCAGAUCCUUGCAAAUGCUGUUCUAGAAGACCCCGAGGCACAUGCUUUGAAGGAAGAAGGUGAGCGUCUUCGACGAGAGAAUGAAGGGUUGACGAAAGAACUUGAGCAACUACAUGCUGAUAGAUGUUUAGAUCUUGAAGAGCUAGUUUAUUUGAGGUGGAUAAAUGCUUGCUUGAGACAUGAACUGCGAAGUUAUCAACCCCCACCUGGUAAAACAGUUGCAAGGGACUUAAGUAAAAGCCUAAGUCCAACAUCUGAGAAGAAAGCCAAGCAACUUAUACUUGAAUAUGCAAGCAACGAAGGGCGAGGGAGCGUUUCUGAUAUGGACUCUGAUCAAUGGUCCUCUUCCCAGGCUUCUUUUCUCACAGACCCUGGAGAGCGUGAAGAUUAUUUUCCUCUUGAUAAUUCAUCUGAGCUCAAAGCAACCAACAACACAAGCAAGUCAAGGAUUUUUGGCAAGCUUAUGAGGCUAAUACGAGGCAAAGAGAGCCAGAAUCAACGCGAUCGAGCUACAUCUAAAGAAAAAUCAAUGUCUCGAGAAGACAGCAAUACCAACUCUCCACAUUUCAGCUUGAGUAUAUCAACUGGAACCGAGGGUCUUAGGAGCGAGAAUGCAACUCCCUCUGCCACAUCUAGAACUUCCUUUGAUUUUAACCAGACAAUGAGUAUGAAGGAAGAAAGUAGUAGAAAUUCAGAUAGCCAUACCCCAGGAAGCUCCAAGAAUCUCAGUCCAAGGAGAACAAGAUCAGUAGAUUUCAAAAACCACCUUCGUUCUUUCUCAGAAUCCUCUGGCUCGGAGAAAUCUAAUUUGGUCAAAUAUGCUGAAGCUAUAAAAGAUUCCAGUGGAACCCUCAAACAAAGAACACAUAGAAGAUCAGCAUCGAUUAGUUCAUUUUAACUUAUUAGCUAUAUGCAAGGAUCUUACCUUAUUCUAACAGUUAAUAUUACAGAUUAGCAGGUGAUUUAGUAAUCAAUCCUGAUGUGCAUUCAACAACAGCGUUAGGAGCUGUUCAAAUAACCAUGUAUUAAAUAAGGAUGCAUUUAUAAUCAUAGGCAAGUAUUCAUGAACAUUUUAACGGCUAUUCACUUCAGAGUAUGACAACAUUUUAAUUUCUGGUGAUUCA